CUUGCUUGGUGAGUGUGAACCUGCCGAAUCGAAGCUCCGAGCAUGGCGGCGAGCGAGCGCACAGUGUUGCAGUUCUCUUCUUCUUCUUCUUCUUCGCAGAGUUUGUCCGCAAAGGUCCACCCUCUGGUUAUCUUCAACAUCUGCGAUUGCUAUGUUCGACGUCCUGAUCAAGCGGAGCGCGUCAUCGGAACACUACUUGGUUCCAAUCUCCCCGACGGAACGGUCGAUAUCCGUAAUUCCUAUGCUGUUCCGCACAAUGAGUCUGUCGAUCAGGUUGCUUUGGAUAUUGAGUACCACCACAAUAUGUUAAUAUCUCACCAAAAAGUUAAUCCUAAGGAAAUCAUAGUUGGAUGGUAUUCAACUGGUCUUGGAGUAACUGGUGGCAGUGCAUUAAUCCAUGAAUUUUAUUCUCGAGAAGUAACCAAUCCUAUACAUUUGACUGUUGAUACGGGAUUUACAACUGGAGAGGGUAUCAUAAAAGCAUAUGUUUCAAACAAUUUAUCUCUUGGAGACAGGCAAAUUGCUGCACAGUUUCAAGAGAUUCCUUUGGAUCUUCGUAUGGUUGAAGCUGAGCGUAUUGGAUUUGGUACUCUGAAGGCAACUGCUGUUGACAAAAUCCCAUCUGAUUUAGAAGGGAUGGAAGCAUCAAUGGAACAUCUAUUAGCCUUGAUUGACGACAUCUACAAAUAUGUUGAUGAUGUUGUGGAAGGGCGUGUUGAUGCAGACAACAAAAUUGGGAGAUUUAUAUCAGAUGCUGUAGGUUCCCUUCCUAAAAUGUCCUCAUCAGCUUUUGAUAAGCUUGUGAAUGACAGCUUGCAGGAUCACUUGCUCUUGCUAUAUUUAUCAAGCAUCACACGGACACAGCUUACCCUGGCCGAAAAAUUGAACACGGCUGCUCAGAUUCUGUGAAGCAGUCUGUCCAUGAAUAAAUGCAAUUUUGUCUAUGGAAGUUACCUUCUUGUGAUAUUUCCCCGAACUUGGGAAUUCAGUAUUUUAUAAUUUUUUGCUUAAUAUUGCAUUUAGUAAAUUCACUUUUUAUUAAAAUUAAA